AUGCCCGCUCGACGGUCCUCCGCGCCCUCGCCCUCGCUCUCGCCCCCGCCCUCGUCUCCUUCGCCGGCUGCCCCGCCUGCAGCCGCCGCGGCGCCCCCGAGCGACGAGCGCAGCGCCUCGCCCGCGUGGACCGCUCUGUCGCCGACGCCGACGCUCGCCAAUUCCAGCCCAGAGCUGCCUGCGCUCCCGGCCCCCGUCCAGCGCGGCCGACUCGCCCGCACGCCCACCCGCACGCCCGUGUCGCCGCACGACGGCCCUGACGAAGCGUCCUUCUACACGGCGAGCUGGGGCAGCCCCUACCGCGGCCUGCCGCCCGUCUACCAUCCGCAGCGCCUGCCGUCGCCCGCCGCCGCCAGCGACGAGCUUGACGACGCCGCCGAGGCCCUGCACUUUGGCCUCGAGCACCUGCUGCCGCCGCGCCUUGAGGUCGACGACGACGCCCCCGGUCGGUUCAACCUCGCCCACCUCAUCCCGCCCCUGGACCCGGACGGCUCGCCGAACCAGUUCACGCUCGCGAACCUAAUCCAGUCGCGUCUGCCGCGCUCCGUCACCCCGACUCGCGAGCCGUCGCCGUCGGGCUUCACGCCGCGCGCGUCCGACAAGAACCCCACCUCGGAGGAGUGGGUGCGCUCGUUCCUGGAAGAGCGCUGGAACCGCGAGAAGAACAAGUGGAAGAGCGACAUCAGCUUCGACCUCGACUCCGACUCCGCCUCCGACUCGGCCUCCGACCCGCACCAGGACUUCCUGCUGCCCGCCCCGCCCAAGCGCGGCCACAACGCGCGCAGCAGCAACAAGACCCUCAACCAGCAGGACUUCUGGCGCCACAUCAGCAAGGACCAGAAAGAAGCGCUUGGCAAGAUGAUGGCCUCCAAGUACGCCGAGGCCGACGCCGCCUCGCAGCCCCGCGACGGCCCCAGCCCCGGCCCGCCUGCUCCCCCGCAGUUCCCGCCUCGUACAUCGAGCGUGCGCAACCCGUUUACAACGCCCAUUCUGCCCCAGCAUGCCUCGCCGUCGCCGUCGCCGAAACCCGUCCAGCACACGCCCAACAAGCCCCCGACGCCGGUCGAGCCGGCACGGACACCUGUGCCACGUACCCGCAGGAAGAUCAUGGUCAAGGGCAAGGGCUGCAUCAUCUCGAUCCCCCACGAUAUUCCUAGGGGCACGCACGGCUACCCACCGAAGCCCAUGAGCCCAGCAGCAGUCGAGGCGAAAAUGAAGAAUCUAGAGCGUCUGGGCUACAACACCAGCGGCUUUGGCCACUGGAACGGCGGGGACGUUGGGGACCAGGCACACAACCGAGCCAUCUGGCCCAUUGAAGACGAUGUUCGGACAGAGCGGGCCAACUCUGCGUCCAGCUUCAAGGUCUUCGUGCCAAAGAAGAGUGAGUGGGACAACUACGUGAACUCGCUCGUCGAGGCAAAACUUGCGGCCUUGGGAGUGAGUCUGGGUGGAGAGGAUGAAAUACCGCUGCCCAUGUCACGCCAAGUGUCCGGACAAUACCCAGGUCUGCCUUUCUCACCGCCGCUGCCGACACAAUCUGGGGGCAGUCACCGUGGAAGGCAGGGAAGCGUGGUCACUGGGCCGUUCCCGUUCGGACCAUCGCCUGGUCACAUGUCUCGCCAAUCAAUCGCGUCGCCUGGCCACAUGUCCCGACAAUCAAUCGCAUCUCCGGCGGCCUUUGCGAACGUCCGACCGAGCAUGCACAUGCACCGCCACUCGACUUUUGGCCCUGGAAGCUUUUCUCACCACGGCAUCUCACCUUCUGGUACAUGGUCUCCAGGCGGCUACUUCGGCUCUCAGGAUGGACGGGGUGGUUCGCCAGCGCUACCUGCCCUACCGCCAAGUAGACCCGAUCUUACCGGCAUCGUCUCGCCACACUCGCCGUUUGGUAGAAGAGCAAGCCAGCAUUUUCCUCAUUCUCCAUUGGCACAAGACGACCUUAUGGUCCAAGUGCAAAUGCAGCAGCAGCAACUACAGCAGCAGCAACUACAAGCACAAAUGUUCCAGCAGCAACAGCAACAGCAACAGCUUAUGGGGUUACGGCCAUCAUCUACGCUCGCAGAAGUGCCAGAAGAUGAGUCAGAGGAAGAGGCGCUGCCUCCAUUGAAGAAGGCUCCUAAUGCUGCACCAGAGAUUGUCCACCCAACUCCACGCAACCAUCGUCACAAUCUUAGCGCGAACAUGGAACGCGAAGCUGCCGAUGCCGAAUAUCACCUGGAAGAGGCCAUUGACAAACAAUUCGCUGAAGGGGGUGAUUUCAGCACCGAGCCCGACGUCACCAGGCAGCACAACGGCGUUGCUAAGAAAGCAUGGGAAAAUUCUCACACUGUUUUGCAUCAACCUCAGCCGCAUAACAGAGCACAUUCAAUCACCAAGUCGCAGCAACCAGUGCCUUUUGCAUUCCCCACGCAACAGUCACAUGACCCCCGCGAUGAUAGCAACGGCGCAAGAACAAACCUAUCAGAGAACACAAACCCUAGCUUAGAAGAGGGAGAGAUCCGCUCGAAUCAACACUCUCAGGCACCUUCGCAAGUGAGCAACCCAUGGAAAGACUCAAAGUUUGCGUACAACAAACCUGCAUCAGCUACACACAGCAAGCAUGCAUCCAAGUCGUCACUCUCGAAGCUCAACGUCGAAGCAAAGGAGUUCAAGUUCAACCCUGCUGCGUCAUUCAAUCCUACAUCGGUGUCCAACAACGGUUCCAGUAUUGAUGGGUUGGCCAGUUACAACGUCACAGCUCCUGCCUUCACGCCAACGGCCUCCACGUUUACUCCCGUUGUCGAUGCCGCCGUGUUCAAGCCCACUGAAGUAAAGUCAAGUGUGGUAGCCACCGCUCUUAGCCCUACAGUCCCAGCACUUCCCUCCAGUGGCUUUAGCUUCUCCAGUCCUCCAGCAUUCAAGCCGGAUGCUCCCGUUUUCAAUCCUGGGGGAAGUUCGGCGUUCGAUCCUCAACGGGCCGCGCAAGCUCCGACGAGUUUCUCUUCGAAAAUCUUUGGGGAUGUCAAUAUCUCAGCUAGUGAUAUUGUGAAACCUGCCACGCGAUCCAAGGCUGUCGCCAUUGUGCGUCCCGAUACCGCACGAGAGUCCUCGCCAGAAACAGUCAAGGAAACUGAGGAUCGAGAAGACGCAGAGGGACGCCCAAUGCAGGCCGAAGGGCGCGAGAAGCGUGCUCGCAAGGUCCGCAACGAUGGCGACGAAGUCCCUAAAUUUGCUUUGCAGCCCAUUCUUGCGUCGCAGCCACUCGCAGAACCUGGUUCAUUCUUUGACGAGAGUGCAGAUAUACAAGAGGGCUCCAUGGAAGACAAGGAGAACCGCUCACCUGAUGGCCACAGUUCCAAGUUGAACAAGAGCAGCCCGAGACAGGAUCAGCCCAUCAUUGAGCCAGUCGCGCAAGCAGCGGCUGCUGUCCCCACGACUACCGAGCCUCCAAUUGCUGACCCAGCCAAGAAGCACGCACAUAAGACUAGCUCGCUGGACGCGACCGCUAAACCUUUUGAGUUCAGACCACAAUCUAGCAACGCUGGUUAUGAUUUCGGCUUCCACGUCACGAAACCUUCCAUCGCUCAAGACAUAAACGAGAGAGCACAGAACUCGCCACCAAGAGGAUAUAGCAGGAGUCCUGCAACAACGUACCGACCUAGUGAUGAUGGUUCGUUCAAGACAGCGCUCGGACAUCGUGUGCCGUACCCUGAGAGCGUUGAUUUUGACCCGUCAUUCAACGACAUUGAUGCUGUCAUGAAACAGAUGGAUGAAGGAGGGUCGGACUUUGGCGUUGAACGCGAUGACAACUCGUGGGAUCAGUCUUCUCAUCACGGAACACCUCGGAGAACACACGAAUUCGAGCGCUUUAGCCUACAGCCCAAUGCCCACCUACGCAGCGACGCACCCAGCCCCAGCCCUCGCAGACUCUACGGCAACGCUCCAGGAUCCGCGACUUCGUUGCAGAAUCCCUUUGACGACGAGCGUGCCGCGCUUAUGUCUACGUCUCCUGUUCAUCGCCUGAAUCAUGCUGAGGACGUGCCCGUAAGCGACUGGGACGACAUCCUCACAGAAGGAGAGGAGCAAAUCAAGAUGCGUAGCUCGUUCUUCGAUAGGCGUGUUGAUGAUAUGAUGAGUCGUCUUUUGCAGAGUCGCCUUGGCCCGCUGGAACAGACCAUGCAGGAUGUUCAGAAUGCGCUUACUACGAUAGCUCGCCCAUCGCGCGGCCGCCGCAGCAUAUCUACAGCUGGACUUGACAGUGAUGCAGAUGACGAGGACGACGACGACAGCGCCGAUGUGCAUUACCGCAAUCGAUCUCCCAAGAAGGACAAGAGGUUGGAAAAAAUCCGUGCUGUUGUCCGUGACGCGUUAGAGUCGCACCAGGCACAGGCCGUUUCUACGGCGGCUGUUGCACCCGAGCCACUGGGAGCAGAGAAGAUCCGCGAAAUCCUGGCUGACGUUCUUGUGUCACACCAGCCACCAAAUGCACCUGUCGAGCAUAUCUCUUCUGAGCAGAUCCGCGCGAUUGUGGAGAAUGCCAUCGCGUCUAAUAAGCCAUCAGUGCCCGAGACUGUCGUGGAGCCCAUUAAACCGGAAGACAUCAGAUCCAUGCUCACCGAAACACUUGCCCUUUAUGGCCCCCAGCCCAACGAACCUAUCAAGACCGAUGACGUUCGCUCCAUUGUGAUGGAGGCAUUUGCGAUGCAUGCUCCUCAGCCAGUAUCCGCUUCUGAGCCCCUUUCCCCAGAGGCCAUACGUACAAUUAUUGCCGAGACUCUUAUGGCACAUCAAGUCCCAGGCCCGUUACCAUCAAUUGUGGAACCCAUGCAGCCUGAUACGAUUCGUUCGAUCGUCACCGAAGCCCUGGCAUCUCAGAAAGCAGGUGCAUUGGAGGCGCCCAUCGACAUUCCUCAGCCUCAAUUCGACAUCUCCGAGAUCUACCAAAUGAUUGGUAGUCUGAAGGCAUCGAUUGCGCAGACUACGAGCAACCACCUUCAGGCUGAAGAUGUACGCGAGCUAGUCGACGAUGCAUUCAAGCGUCAAGGCAUGGAAGUUGCCAGACGUGAAGAAUCUGAGGCAAUUCUCAAGCGAGACGCGCGCGUGGCUGAACUCGAGAGUAUGGUGGAGGACAGCACUCUUCGCCACGAAGCAGAGGAGGAGGCACGGAAAGCUCUUGAAGACCGUGAGGCUGACACGGCACGUCUGCUGAAGGUUACUGAAGAAGAGCUUGCCUUGCUCCAGGCGGCUGCCAAGGACGACGAGAGCAGAAUUCGUGCAUUAACCGAGGAGCGCGAUGUCUUGCGUCGCAACCUCAACUACCAGAUUGAAGCUGACGAUCUUCGCGAGAAGCUCGCGCUUGUCGAUGCCGAGAAUAACGAGCUCAAGAUGAAGAACAUUGCGUUAGAGACGUCUGAGGAUGACCUCAAACAGAAUCUGGAAGUCGUCACCGCAGAGAAUGAGGCUCUUACAUUCACCUUGGAGGAGCAUCGCAAAUCUGCAAACAAAUGGCGUAGCGACAUUCAAGAAGCGCAUCAAGAGAACGAGAAGCUACGGACAGCCAUCGAGCAAGCCCGCUUCCAAGCCGAAGAGGCUGCGCGUCUUCGUGAGUCAAUGCGUGGCAAGUUUGAGAAGCUGCAGCAAGACAUGGUCCUUGCUUCCCAGCAGAUAGCCGUUGAGCGUUCUCAAUCGCAAAAGGUUGAACAGGCCUCUCUGGAAAAGUACGAGGUUCUUAGCGCGCGCAUCGAAGCUGAAGGACGGACACGCGAGCGUCUUGAAAGAGAACUUGAGAGGCUUGAAAUGCAAGAGGGCGAAGGUAUGAAGCUGCGUAUCCACUUUGAGCAGUCCCAGAAGCACAACGCCAGGCUUGAAGAGACGGUUGAGCAGCUAAGAAGAGAAUCCAUCGAGCACCAGAACAACGCUCACCGAUAUGAGCGAGACAUGCGCGAAGCCAGAGAGGCAGCCCACGUUGAAAUCCGACGUACUCGGGUGCUGAUGGAAGCUGAUCUGGAAGCUGCCAAUAACCAAGUCAACGUCGUCCGCCACAACCUUGAAAGCGAAGUGGCCCGAGUGCGUGCUGAACUUGACAGCGUGCGCAUGGAAGCUGAAACUGCGAGAGAGAAGCAUGAGCUUGAACUUGAGGCGGCGUCCGACGCUACGAAGCACGCAGUCGAGGAAACGCUCCAGAAGAGCAAGCGAAACCUGCAUGAACAGCAACAGGCAUUUGAGCGGGGUUUCGAACACCUCAAGCAGGAGCAUGCCCGUGCUCUCGAAUACGUCCGCGAAGACAAGCAGCGUGCCGAAGCUUUCCAUGAUGACAAGCUCGCGUUAGCUGACUCUAAGCUGGACCACCUGAAGGAUAAGAUUACGCUACUCGAGGAAAAGCUUGUUGUCGCCAAAGAAGCUGCUAGUGCUGCCGCUGCUGCCGCGGCCAAGUCUCCGGCAGCCAGUGGAACUUCCACGCUGGGUAGCCACGAGAGGAUCUCGCCUCAGGCUUUGCGCGAGUCGAUCUCCGUCCUACAGGAGCAGCUCCAGGAACGAGAGUCUCGGAUUGAAUCGCUCGAACAGCAACUGACAGAAGUUGACAACGAGGCUCCUUCUAAGUUGAAGGAGCGCGAUACCGAGAUUACUUGGCUUCGCGAGCUACUUGGCGUCCGUGUGGACGACAUCAACGAUCUGAUCAAUGCCCUCGCACAGCCAACCUUCGAUCGCGAGACAGUCCGGGAUGCUGCCAUCCGCAUCCGCACCAACCUUCAAAUGGAACAAUCGGAGAAGGAACGCCUGAUUUCUGGUGGCCAGAGCAACUUUCCAACACUCGCCACUCUGUCCAACUUUGCGUCUCCCAAGGCUGUCCAAGUCGCCGCUGCCUUCGGCAACUGGCGCAAGGGUCGUCAGAACGCUGCCUCCGCCCUCUCAGGCUCGUCCACAACCACCUCGCGGAACCAGACACCAUCUCGCCCUGCCCCUCCAUCUGCUCAAUCGUUCCUCUCAGGCUUGAUGACGCCCCCAACAUCCAAUCUGCGUCGUACACCGGACUUCCCGUCGUCCUCUACGUCCAAGGACAUUCGCUCAAAUUCGACAAGCUCACGCGGCUCGACUGCAACAGAGCAGGGCUUCCCAGCCCUGGGCAAGCAGCCUGUCGCGCCCAGUACACCGCCGCUUCUGCGCAAGACGAGUUACGACCGCGAUGCUGCGGUCGAGGACUUCAGUGACAACGGCUUCGAUGACGACAGCACAGUCGACGGUGGAGAUGUGACGCCCAUUGCAUUGAACUUCGGGCAUGAGCUGAGAUCCCGUCGCGACCGUGACUAA